AUGGCACCCCAAAGGAAACGCAAGUCGGAGAGCGCGUCAAUCGCCGAGGAAGCCGAGUCCCCUGCUGCGAAGAGAGUGGCCGCGCCCGACACACCGGCUACCGGCGAAAAGAGAAAGAGGGGUCGUCCCAGGAAAUAUCCUGAGGGUAGUACUCCCAAGCGCCCUGACGGCCCCAAAAGAGGCCGUGGCCGUCCUCGUAAAGAUCCGAAUGCCCCUACUCCCGCAAAGUCUACAACCCCCAAGCAAGGCAAACGGGGCAGGCCAAGGAAGACCCCGGUCGAAAAUGGAACAGAACCCACCUCAUCAACGACGAAAACAGAGACGGUCGAUACCACACCCUUCGAAGGGCGCUCAUACUGGUUGAUGAAGGCUGAGCCGGAAUCGCGACUGGAGAAAGGUGUUGAUGUAAAAUUCUCGAUUGAUGACUUGGCUGCCCGUAAGGAGCCGGAGCCAUGGGACGGUGUGCGUAACCCUGUUGCACAAAAACAUAUCCGCGACAUGAAGAAGGGUGACCUCGCCUUCUUCUACCACUCCAACUGCAAGGUCCCAGGCAUUGCAGGUAUCAUGGAGAUUGUCAAGGAGCAUUCGCCGGAUGAAUCGGCCUUCGAUCCCGCCCACCCAUACUACGACGAGAAGUCGAACCGAGACGAUCCCAAAUGGCAGGUUGUCCACGUUGAGUUCCGGCGCAAGUUCAACAAAAUGAUUACGUUGAACGAUCUCAAAUCAUAUGCACAGUCCGUACGGGCUCUUGAAAAUAUGCAGGUGCUGAAGCAGUCCCGGCUGAGUGUGACACCAGUAAGCGUCACAGAAUGGGCGUUUAUCAUGGGGGUAGCGGAGGAAAACGAGGCCAAGGCAAACGCCGAAGCUUCCAAAGAUGACAGCGCCGAAGGCGAGGAGCCUGAAUCAAGCGAGUAA